AUGAAGCUCCUGGUGCUGCUUGUUUGCAACCUCCUGGCGUGGAGGGUGAGUGAGACGGGGUCAGACGCUCCGGAGAAGUUGUCCACGCUGGCUCCAGGAGCUCUCAGCGUUAAAGAGACCUUCCUGGUGCUCUCGCUGCACAACAAGCUGAGGAGCAAAGUGCAGCCUCCCGCUGCCAACAUGCAGAAGCUGGAGUGGAGCGAGGAGCUGGGGCGGGCGGCGGGGGCGCGGGCGGCCGCCUGCCUGGGGGGUCCCGCUCCGCCGCGCUCCCCGCAGCUGGGCUGGAGCGAGGAGCUGCAGCCGGCGGGCACCGGGGGCUUCGCGGCCGUGCUGGAGCGAUGGUUCGCCGAGGGACGACACUACGACUACGGGACGGGACGCUGCGCCGCCAACGCCACCUGCGGCCAUUACACCCAGCUGGUGUGGGCCACGGCCGGCCGGGUGGGCUGCGGGCGGCACCGCUGCGCCGGCGGCCGCGGACACAGCGAAGCCUUCGCCUGCGCGUACUCCCCGGGGGGCAACUGGGAGGUGUCGGGGAUGCCCGUGCUGCCCUACCAGCGCGGCCCCUGGUGCUCCCUCUGCACCGCGCGACUCUCCGGAUGCUUCAAGUCCUGGGACCACGGUGGUGGGCUCUGCGAGGUGCCCAGGAACCCGUGUCGUGUGAGCUGCAGGAACGGCGGGCGCCUCGACAUGAGCAGCUGCCAGUGCGCCUGUCCCCCCGGCUACACGGGCAGGUACUGCCAAGUGAGGUGCAGCGGACAGUGCCUCCACGGCAAGCUCAGGAAGGAGGAGUGCUCCUGCCUCUGCGACCCAGGCUACGGCGGAGCUGAGUGCGGCACAAAGAUUCGCUUCCCCUUCCACGCCUGUGAUGUGCAGAUCGACGGCGACUGUUUCAUGGUGUCCCCCGAGGCCGACACCUACUAUGGAGCCAAAACAAAGUGCCAAGAGAAAGGGGCAAUGCUGGCCCAGAUCAGAAACCAGAAGGUCCAGGACAUCCUGGCUUUCUACCUCAGCCGCUUGGAGACCGGCAACAGGGUGACAGACACCGACUUCGAGACUGGGAACUUCUGGAUCGGUCUCACCUACAAGACAUCCAGGGCUUCCUUCCGCUGGGACGUGGGUGAGCCGUCCUCCUUCAGCAGCUUCGCCUUCGGGCAGCCGGACAACCAGGGGUUUGGGAACUGUGUGGAGAUGCAGGCAGCAGCAGCCUUCAACUGGAAUGACCAGCGCUGCAAGACCCGAAACCGAUACAUCUGCCAGUUUGCCCAGGAGCACAUCUCCCUGUGGCAGCAGGAGCCCUGAGUUGGCAGCCGUGGGCACUGGCCAGUGCU